CCCUAAAGUGCUCUAGGAAAUUAUUUUUCCUUUCUUUCAGAUUUAUUUAGAUUCUGAGAUAAACGCCGGAUUUGUGCCUUGCUAUAUGACAGUUAAUGGAUUUGGGAAAAUACCUCAAUAUAAAAAUCUUGCCAACAAGUUCAGUCCAGAACCGAUUAGUUCAGUUCAGAUCCACAGCAGAUCCCAACGAGUAAAACUGCACAACACUCGGGCUACGCUCUCCUUUCACCAACUGCCCUGACACGGAACCCAUUAGCCGACUACUCAAAAACUCCCGCCGGCCAGCGGCCCUUGCGCGCUGCAGGAAGCCUGUGGAGGCAGGCGUGGGCGAGGCUACAGGAGUCACUGCUCGUCGUUCAUUGGCUUCCGCGCCGGAAGCUGCGGUGCCGCCCAGCUGCGCACGCGCCCUCUCACGUGCUUGGGAACGCCGCCUUCAGUGCUGGGGCCGGCUGGCACCAUGCUGCGGCAGUGCGCUCUGUGGGUGCUGACGCGCACCCCGGCCGGCCGCGGCUGUCGCCGCUACAGUUCGUGCUCGCCGAGCGCUAGUGGCGACGCUCGGGAAGCGCGGGCCUACUUCACCACACCCAUCUUCUACGUGAACGCCGCGCCGCACAUCGGGCACCUGUACUCCGCGCUGCUGGCCGACGCCCUGUGCCGCCACCGUCGUCUCCGAGUUCCCGGCUCUGGGUCCACGCGUUUUUCUACCGGUACGGACGAGCACGGCCUGAAGAUCCAGCAGGCGGCAGCCACCGCGGGCCUGGCCCCGAUCGAGCUGUGCGAUCGAGUGUCUGCCCAGUUCCUGCAGCUUUUCCGGGAGGCUGGCAUCUCCUCCACCGACUUUAUCCGCACCACGGAGGCUCGGCACCGGGUAGCGGUGCAGCACUUCUGGGGUGUGCUGGAGGCCCGGGGUCUGCUUUACAAAGGGAUCUAUGAAGGGUGGUAUUGCGCCUCGGAUGAGUGUUUCCUGCCUGAGGCCAAGGUCACUCGGCAGGUGGGUCCGUCCGGGGAUCCUUGUCCUGUCUCUCUCGAGAGCGGACACCCUGUCUCCUGGACCAAGGAAGAAAAUUACAUUUUCAAGCUUUCUCAGUUCCGAGAACCACUCCAGCGGUGGCUUCGAAACAACCCUCAGGCGAUCACACCGGAACCGUUCCACCAGGUAGUUCUUCAGUGGCUGGAGGAGGAGCUGCCUGAUUUGUCGGUUUCUCGGAGGAGUAGCCAUCUGCACUGGGGCAUUCCAGUUCCCGGGGACGACUCGCAGACUAUCUACGUGUGGCUGGAUGCCCUGGUCAACUACCUCACUGUAGUUGGCUACCCGGAUGCAGAUUUCAAGUCUUGGUGGCCAGCAACAUCUCAUAUUAUCGAACAGUGCUCCAAGUCUUCUAAGCCACAGCGUAAUGGGUCAUGUAGGGGAAGCAAAAGCUCCGUCAACAGUAAAAGGUUUCUGAUCACACAGCCAAGACUUCAAUGUGUGAGGAAUCCAAGUGCCUCCAAGUACUCACCUGUUCGCAUUGCAUGGCCUCAUUGCAGCCUUGCUCCUCUACACAGAAAACGGGCAACUUGCUUUGCAGUUUGCUCUGUCUUAUGUUUGUGUCUGAAGAAACGAGCUCUCAAGCUUCCUGAUCUGCUAAGCUGGACCUGCUGCUAUUCCUCCCUGCCAUAAAAGACUUUCCUAUCUAUCCCUCUGGGAUGGGAAGUCAAAACAAGCUCUUUUUCUUUGUUGCUUUUGGUUAUGGUAAUCUAUCACAGCAGCAGAAAGCAAACCAGAACACUGAAACACCAGGGCUGAGAUGCAAAAAUCCUUUAUGUUUAGAAAUUGCUGUGUUUUUACUACUCAAGAGUUUUUUUUUUUUUUUUUUUUUUUUGUGCUCAUGGAAAUAUAAUGCUUUAAAUAUGAAAAAAAGCCCUUACUAUUUUCCAGCAAUCUUUCCUUAGCUCUUAAGAAUCAAUUCUGUUUAUUAUUUGGUUGUAUUGGAUCAGAGAGUUUUUAAACAAAUUGAAGUAGAAAGAGAGGGGAAGAAGGGAUUUAAGGGAGACAGGAAAUAAAGUAAUGGAAUACAUGUGGUAAGAAAGCAAAGUGGGUAACUGAGGCAAAGGAAGGGAGCUUGCUGGAAGGAAAGGGCAAAAGGGAGGGUGAUAAGGGAGGGAAUGGAUGACAAGGUAUAAGGAUACCUGUAUGAAGAUGCUGCAAUAUGAUUACUUUGUAUGCUAACCUGAAAAAUUAGUAAGUAGGAGCUGGAGGAAUGCUGUGGUAGGAUCCUCCAGAGCAUGUGUGUGUGAUUCCCAGCACACUUGGAGCUCUCAACAGUCUACAGCUUCAAUUUUAGGGGAUCUGAUGCCCUUUUCUGGCCCCCACUGGCAUCAGACAUGCACCUGUUGCACAUACAUGUGGGCAAAAUUUCUUAUAUGCAUAAAAAAUAAGUAAACCUGUACUGUUUGAAUGAGAAUGGUGCUUAUGGGCUCAUGCUUCAGCUCCAGUUGGUGGAAUGCUUUAGGAAGGUUAGAAGGUGUGGCUUUGUUGGAGGAAAUAAGACAAAAAUCUCUUGUCAAUCCCAGUGUGUCCCUGUCUCCUGUUGUGGAUCAAGAUGUGAGCUUUCAGAUGCCGCUUCAUGCCUAACUCUACCAUCUAACCCUCUGGAAUAAUAAGCCCAAUCAAAUACUUUUUUUCAUAAGCUGCCCCAGUCAUGGUGUCUUAUUAGAGCAAUAGAAAAGUAAAAAAAAAACAUAAAAAUAAAAUAAUAAAAAUUGUGUUUGAGUUGCUGACUUCAGUUUGAUUUUUCAAUCUGCAGUUUUAAAUGAACUGCAGUUUGGGGUUAGGUCAGAAUUUCCAACAAUUUCUGAAAUAAUCCUAAAUACUCUUCUGCCAUUUUGUAUUAUGUAUUAAUAUGAAGCAGCAUUUUCAGCAUUGGUGAUUAUGAAAUAAAAAUUGAUUUUAUAAUCUGAAAAAUGUUGAAGAUUUUUUUUGAGUUUUUCAUUUAUUGGGUAUUUUUUAAAAUUUACAUUUCAAAUGUUAUCCCCUUUCCCUGUUUCCCUCUGGCAAUCCCCUAUCACAUCCUCCCUUCCCCUGCACCCACUCCCUUCAUCCCCCCCCCCCGGCAUUUCCCUACACUGGGGCAUCAAGCCUUCACAGGACCAAGGACCUCUCCUCCCACUGAUGCCCAACAAGGCCAUUCUCUGCUACAUAUGGGGCUGGAGCCAUGGGUCUGUCUAUGUGUACUCUUUGGUUGGUGGUUUAGUCCUUGGGAGCUCUGGUGAUCUGGUUGGUUGAUAUUGUUGUUCUUCCUAUGGGGCUAUAAGCCCCUUCAGCUCCUUUGGUCCUUUUUUUUUUUUCCCCCCCGGAGCUGAGGACCGAACCCAGGGCCUUGAGCUUGCUAGUCCUUCAGUCCUUUAUUUAAGUAUCAGCUAUUCAGCCAAGAUCUAGCUCCUGCAGACGUAGAAUAUUUUUACUGUUGGUAUGGGUAUGUGUGCAUGUGAUCUAUGUCUUGGCACAUGUAUAGAUGUUAGAAGAGAACUUUGUGAAGCUGCUCCUCUUUUUCUGCCUUUACAAGAGCUGGGAGUUGACCUCAGGACACCAGACUCACACUGAAAGUACCUUUGCCUGCAGAGCCACCUCACUGGUUCAGUUAAUUAUUUAAAGAUCAAUAAGCACAUUCAUCUUCGUAUAUACAUUUUGUUUAGGCUUUAAUAAAUGGUAAGAUUGUAUGUGUACAAAAGGAUUGUUUUAAAAUAAAUGUAUGAUUUAUCGUCAGUAAAUGUUUGGCUUGUAUAUAUUAUACUAUGUAUAUCCCGGAGUCAUAGAAAAUUGUCUUAGGUGAAAAGGAGUCACAUAUGGAGUAAGUUUAAGAAUCUGCUAAAAAUCAAAAGUAUCUUGCAUAAAGUCAUGAGGCUAAUAAGCAUCCUUUUUUUUUUUUCCUUUUUUUUUUUUUUCCGGAGCUGAGAACUGAACCCAGGGCCUUGCACUUGCUAGGCAAGCGCUCUACCACUGAGCUAAAUCCCCAACCCCAAUAAGCAUCUUUCAAAUGACAUUUUCCCAACACUUUACACAUUUAUCUUUAGACAAACAUCAAUAUUCAAGUUUAUUUUAAUUAACUAUUAUAGUAACAAAGCUAGUGAAUUUACUAGAGGUCACAAACAGUGAAAUUUUAUUUCAUACAUACAGUUUAAUACAAAUGAACAUAUUAAUAAAACUUAUUUACUUACUAACAGUUUAAAUUCUAUGACAUCCAUUCUUAUAACAUCUUUUCUAAAAGGAUUGCAGAAACCAGGUCCUUUGGCUAUUGUUAUUUCCCAUUAUCUAAAUGCCACAUACUGGAUAAUUCUUGUAAAUUUUACUUCAUAGCAUAGUCAAUACAUUCUCAUCUUUAUAAAGUAGUAACUGCUGUGAACUGCAAAAAGAAAUACUGAGUACUCAAUCUUACAUUUUAAAAGGAAUAAGUUUUGUUAGAUUUGAGUUUCACUUCAAGGAAAUGGGGUAAAACCAUCUUUAUAUAGGUAAAAUAUAAAUGUAAAAUAUAUUUUAAGAGAUUAACUGUUUUAAUAUCCUUGUUAACUAGGAACAUCAGGAGGCCUACAUUUUAACGUUGGGCUUAAAAUAAUUUCUCUAGGGUCGGUUUAAAUGCAGACAGACCUUGGUUAGCAAGGCAUAAUGUUAGGUCUUUCAAAAACUGCACAGUAGGUCACGAAUGGGUGUGCACAGAGCACCUUUAUAUGCCGAACUUAGUAAACUAGAAUAAUGAAUUGGCAUUUAUACUUAAAGUCCUAUAAAGCUCAUUUUACAGAAACUUCCUACUUUUUUUAUAGAGGCAGACAUUUUUAGCAUUAAGUCCUAGUUUCACUGUGGAUGACUUUUUUGCACGUUAGGCGAGCGUUCUACCACUGAUCUAUACCUGUUAGCCAUUGUUUAUUUCUAACUCAUUAUUGGAAUUUAAUUAAAAUAAGCUCACUUUGAUAUUAUAGAAGAAAUCUGUAAGUACUCACAAGGUUAGUGACUGAAAAUGUAUAUAGCUGGUUGCAUGAAAGAUGGUAGGUUGGAUUUUCAUGCCACUUUAAGGAUUUUUAUUUGGAUGCAAAGGAAACAUUUCUAACAUUCAUUGUGACAGUGUUUUGACCUAGUAUAAAAUAUAAAAAAAUGGUUGCAUAGUGCUCAAGGGAAUUUUUUAGUUAAACUAUUUUUCACAUAAAAAUCAGUCUCUAAGAUAAUUACUUCACACCAAAAUUUCAGUAAAAAACAUUUGGAUGUAACUGAUAUCAUAAAUUAGUUUCCUAGCCUAAGAGAACAUACUUUCUUUGGUAACUCAUGGAAAUCAUAUAGAGAGCUAUUAACUCUCACAUGAACAGACUGUAUAAAUGUAGAGCUGUAGCCCAGUGUAAAUUUAUUAGGAAACCACUAUGAUUUCAGAUGGACAGACAGUAGUCAUAGUGAAAACUUGCUCCAUAAAUCCAAGUAAUGAGAAGGGGGCCUAGUCAGGUUAAACCAAAUUAUCAGAAACCAUCAUUGGCAACUUUGUUGAGAUAGACAUUUAAAUAUUCAGUAUUUAAAGGUGUGUAUAUCCAAGCUCAACAGUUUAAAACAAAUUCUGUAAAUAUUAUACAGGUAGCCAGAACACAGGCUUAAACACCCCCCUGUAAACAUGGGAAUUUAUUGAGUUUAUUUUCAUUUUUCUUUUACCAUCAGGAUAGUAAAUGUUAUUUUAAUUAAAAGCACUUUUCACAGUUUGCAAUAGUCCAAGCAGAACUCUAUCAAAGGGCAGAAAAGUUUCUGUGUAUUAGUAUCGUUUAAAAAUCUGUCUGCAUACUUUUAUGUGUUGUUAAAAAUGUUAUGGGUAUAUACUCUGUAGCUGUGUUUAUCUUGGUGCUGAAAACAAAAAUCCUAAUAUUGAUUAGCAAGAAACUCACUGUAUUAAAUCUAAUUUCAAAUUGUUAAUUGAUACUAUAAAUUUAUUUUUCUAUCUCCAAAGGACCAAGGAAAAAGGAUGUAUUUCAGCAAUAAUUUUUAUGCUGAUUAGACAUUUCCUUUAGAUAGUGGUUGUUUUAGAACUAAGGGUGAAGUUGUCAAAGAUGGCUUAUAAAAAGACCUUCGAAACUGAAAGCUAAACACUGAUGUUUUAUAGUUGUGAAAAUUACUUUUGAUACAUUUGUAAAAAUAGGAGCAAGGCAUCCCAACAUAAGCAGAGUAGUAUCUUUUGAGGGAUCGCCUUAAUAUAUUUUCAUGUUAUCUCCACUUAAUACUUUACAGUCCACAGAGAGAAAUAUAGUGAUAUAUAAUCUUUACAGAAAUGAAUGAAAAUGUGGAAGUACAAUAUAUUUUAGGAGAGAGCAUAAUUGCCUGAACAAAAACUAGGUAACAAAAACUCUUAAGUUUUUCUUUAAAUGGAAAAUACAAUUACUCUCAGACUCUUGGAAUUUAUAAAGGUUUUAGAAAUGCCUGUUAUUCAUUGAAUAAGCCUGAAUAAUAAAUAUGGGAUUAAAAUGUAUACUGAAAACUGGUAAGCUGAACAUCAAAUAUAGUUUCAUGAUAUUUUGGCCAGGGCUCUGGUAACAGAUUAUAUAUGGCAUGUUACUUUCAAAGUAACUCUAACAAAAGAAAAUACCUUUAAGUAGAUGGAAUGGCCUUAGGAUGUAUGAAGAUACUAUCUAAUAUACAAUACUAUUACAUUUUAUUCAUAGACAUGUAUUUUAAUCCCAAAAUAUUAGGAUCACAUACCCCAAAUAUAUAUGUACACCCAUGAGUAUAUUCAUCAUCCUUUAUGAGACAGAAUAAAAAAAUAAUUCAAGUUAUUUGGGAGUCUCUUUUCUGAUAUAAGAACUUUCAAAUUUAUAAUUCCUAUUCUUUCCCAGCAGAAGUAUAAGACAUAUUAAUUCUUGGGAGAAGAUGCAAAUUUAAAAUGUUGAAGUUCUAGUAUUUCCUAGAAGUACUGUACUAUUAAAUUUCACUAAAGUCUAAGAUACACUUCCAUGUAGUCAAUUGAAAUAUUGCUGAUUUAUGUAACUAUUGUUUUUACUAACCCAAGCUUCUGUCAAAGGAGUAAGUUUUUUUUUUUUUUUUUUUU